UAUCCAUCUAGCUGUAGCUGUCAUGAACUGCUGCAUGUGAAUGGAUUGCGAACUUUCGAGGAGGGCCUUGUUGAUGUCCCGCAUCCGGCUUUGUUGAUGCUACCGCCUGAAUUUCACCCAUCAAGUAACUGAAAAUCUCUUCAAAAUGACUAGCCCUCUCGAGCAGUUUGUUGUGAACGUCCAAAACAUGUCCUCUAGUGGGAGCUUUUCCCAACUGUAUACUUUUAUAAGCAAAAGCAGUGAGAUGCUAGUACGAAACGCGUCUCACUUGGAAGACGUACUAGCGACAUUGGAUCUUCAGAAGCACUCACUGGGAGUGCUUGCAAUUCUCUGUGUCAAGUUCAGCGUAACCAACGCUGCUGACUUUGACGUGCUUUAUGCACAAGUCCAGGAGUUCAUCCUAGGUUGUAACGGUGAACAAGUCCGGUGCGCGACGGACACCUUUGCAGAGCUUUGUCAUCUUCUUACGCAGUCCCUCGUCGAAAGGCAACAGCCAAUGCGUGGAAUCCAUCUCCUCACGUGUGCGAUCACUAAGAUUCAGCUGCUACCUUCACAGCUGACAUCCAUCCAUGCUGACCUAUGCCAGCUCUGCCUUCUAGCCAAGUGCCUGAAGCCAGCUCUCCAGUUCCUUGAUGUUGACAUAACUGAUAUCAGCCGAGAGAAUGACCAGUAUGAUGCAAAGCACUUUCUGCUUUACUACUACUAUGGCGGGAUGAUAUAUGCUGCCUUAAAAAACUAUGAACGGGCUCUCUACUUUUUCGAAGUGGCCAUUACCACAACCAGCAUGGCAGUGAGUCACAUUAUGCUUGAAGCUUACAAGAAAUAUAUUCUGUUGGCACUGAUCUUGUAUGGAAAGGUCCCCACUUUGCCCAAGUACACAUCUCAAGUGGUCACCAGGUUUAUCAGGCCAUUGAGCCAACCAUACUUGGACCUUGCUUCAGCUUAUACUUCCAAUAAUCCGGAUGAAGUCAGGGCUGUCCUCACCAAGCAUGCUGAGACUUUUUCUCGGGAUAACAACACAGGUCUGUCAAAGCAGUGUCUGGCUUCACUUUACAAGAAAAACAUUCAAAGGUUGACCAAGACAUUUCUGACUCUGUCUUUGACAGACAUGGCAAGCAGAGUGCAGCUGCUGGGAACUGGGGAUGCAGAAAGGCACAUACUGAACAUGAUUGAAGAUGAGGAAAUUUUUGCAUCAAUUAAUCAGAAGGAUGGUAUGGUGGUCUUUGUGGACAACCCAGAGAAGUACAACACACCAGUCAUGUUCAAGAGGCUCGAGGAGGAGAUGAGAAAGUUUAUUCAGCUCAAUGAUAAAUUGAAGCAAAUGGACCAGGACAUAGCCACAGACCCCAAAUAUAUUCAAAAGUGUUCGGGACAGCAAGAUGAUGAUCAGCCAGGCAGCUCCGUUGGAAGUAGCAAGCUGCCCACAUUCUCCAUGUGAAUGCUUUGUGGCACCGAGUUUGUGUUUGCCAGCUUCUCAUUUUUCAUAUUGGUGUGUGCUGUGCAAGUGCGUGAGCAAAUCCCUGUGUUCAGGCAGAAGGUUGACAGAGCAAGCAACUAACAUUGGUGCUUCAUCCUUCAGAAGACAAAUAAAGCUGUGAGGCAUCA